UCCUCCCUGUGCUUCAUUGCCUAAUCUCCCUGGAUAGAGGUGACUGGAGGGAGGGUAACUGGGCAUCCACCAUUGCUCACAAACUCUACUGGCACAAUUCAGUGCCACCAGGCAGCUCAUAGGACAUGGGAAGUCUGUUUGGAAAUUCCCACAGGAGGAGCAUGAGGGUGUACAGAUGGGGGUCCGUGGAAUAACGGCUGCAGGCUAAUGGGAGAAAAUAGAUGAGGUCCUUUUAAUGUAAUCCUGAGAGACCUCCUACAGUUCAAACUGUGUCUUGACAUACUUUGUAUGACUAUACUUCAUUUUAUUAUAUUUUCUCAUAAUUUUUACUGGAACCAUGUCGACUGCUCAAUCUUUACAACACACCGGUGUCUACAACUAUUUCCUGAACAUGGUGGCUUAUCAGAUAUGCUGCUGCUGUGGCCCGGCACCAUGUUCCCUGUGUUGCUCUUUCUGUCCACCCAUCAAAUCAUCAUCCAGCACUCGUGUCAUGUACACUUUAUUCCACAUCCUGGCCUGCACUGUCUCAUGCCUCAUGCUGUCUAAGACUGUGUCAGAGGCAGUGAGGGAGAAUGUGCCUUUCUUUAAUGUGGUGUGUGAUGAGGCUCACGGUGGAGGGGACUGUCAGAUGCUGGUGGGCUACUCUGCAGUCUACAGGGUGUGCUUUGGAACAGCUUGUUUCUAUUUGAUGAUGGCCAUCUUCCUUAUUGAUGUAAAGUCCAGUCAGGAUUUCCGAGCCCUCAUCCACAACGGGUUCUGGUUUCUGAAGUUCAUCACUUUGCUUGGAAUGAUUGCUGCUGCCUUCUUUAUCCCCACAGAAUCCUUUUUGCAUGCCUGGCAUUAUGUUGGAGUGGUGGGAGGCUUUUCUUUCAUCCUCAUUCAGCUCAUUCUCAUCACUGCUUUUGCUCACACCUGGAAUAAGAACUGGUUAACCGGUGCAGCUGAGAAUAAAAGGUGGUACGUGGCAGUCUUGUGUGCUACUCUCUUUUUCUACACCAUCGCCACCAUGGCCUUCACGUUCAUGUACAAAUACUACACUCACCCAGCAGGAUGCCACCUGAAUAAAGCACUGCUAUGGACAAACCUGGCCCUCUGCACCAUCAUGUCUUUUAUUGCGGUCACUCCCUGCGUGCAGCAAAAGCAGCCCCGCUCAGGACUCCUGCAGGCUUCCAUCAUUAGCUGCUAUGUCAUGUACCUGACCUUCUCUGCCCUGUCCAGCCGCCCACCAGAGAAAGUGGAGUAUCAGGGAGUCAACAUGACAGUGUGCUACCCCAAAGUCAGCAGGGAUGAGAUUCAAAAUGAAGGCAAUGCCGUGGCCAUUAUUGGUGCUGCAAUCAUGUACUGCUGUGUUCUCUUUGCAUGCAAUGAGGCUUCGUACUUAGCUGAGGUCUUUGGACCUUUCUGGAUGAUAAAAGUUUACCGCUAUGAAUUCCAGAAAGCCUCCUGUUGUUUCUGCUGUCCAGAGGAAGAAGAUGAGGAGGAGUUUGUUAUCGAAGAGAACAAAGGCUGUCAGAAGGUCAUCCACAAUGAGAGCCAGCGCGUUGCCUACAGCUACUUCUUCUUCCAUUUCGUCUUCUUUUUGGCCUCCCUCUACGUAAUGAUGACCCUCACUAAUUGGUUUAGUUAUGAGACUGCUGUGCUAGAGACCACCUUCACCCACGGGAGUUACUCCACAUUCUGGGUCAAGCUGUCCUCUUGCUGGGCAUGUGUGGUUCUCUAUCUGUGGCUCCUCUUGGGUCCCCUGUGCCACUGCCAGUCCGAUCACAAACGACCUCGCCGUGCCCGAAUCAAGAGACGGACCCCCUCCCGGCGCCAUGUUAGUGUUAGUGUGUGAAUGACAUUAACCAGACUGUUCAACAGUAUCAAAGACAGUGGGGAUGUGCACAAGUUAAUGGACAUUUCCACCUCAACUGGGCAAUGGGUCAAACUCCAGAACUAUGAAAUCUGAGGAGAAGACUCCAUUAAAUGAAAAUGGAUGCUCCUGAAGAUCCUAUUAGGAUUAAAAACAUCAGCACUGUAAAUGCAAUUCAACAUGGGCACUGAAAAUGUUAACCAUGUUUAUGACUGCAUGGGCAUAUAUACCUUUGGGGAUGUGCUGAAAUUGCCAAAAGUAAAAUGAAUAUAUUAGGAAUACAUAUAUAGAAAUUCUGUCCAUUUUCUGGACAAGCUGGAUGUGUCGAACAUUUUGUGAUUUUUUUAAAACUAGAAAUGUAGAAGCAUUUUUCAUUGGGUUGAUGUGUAGACAUACAGUAUGAGGACUACUUUAAAAAGGCUUUUUCAGAUUAAUAUAUACUGUGUUUCAUUUAAAUUUAUUUAAUUUUUAUAGGCUAUGUCAGCUAUGAUUCAGUGAUCUAUGGCUUGGAUAUGUGCUAUAAUAGCCAUAUGCUCUAAGGGUGAGCACCUCCCACACUCAGAGGCCACAGGGAGAAAAAGCUGUUAUCUACAGUAUAAUGACUUUAAUAGCCCAGCGACAACCAGCCUGUUUAGUUCUAAUUGCAUGUUUGUGUUAGUAUGUCACUGUCAUAAAAGUUAUUUUUGUAAAUAUAUUUUUAACAAAUCACAUUCUAGAGUUUAACUGUGUUUUCUACAGAGGCUUGUCUAUAAUUUAACUCUAAACAAGCACAUC